GUCCAAGCAGCUCCCCAACAAGUGGCUGAAGACAAAUUUGUAUUUGAUAUACCAGACUAUGAAAACAUCAACCAUGUAGUGGUCUUCAUGCUGGGCACUAUACCGUUUCCAGAAGGAAUGGGAGGAUCUGUCUAUUUUUGUUAUCCAGACCAGAGUGGGAUGGCAGUGUGGCAGCUGCUGGGGUUUGUCACUAAUGACAAGCCAAGUGCCAUCUUCAAAAUUUCUGGUCUGAAAUCUGGGAAGGGAAGUCAACAUCCUUUUGGUGCCAUGAACCUCCCUCAGACGCCAACGGUGGCCCAGAUUGGGAUCUCAGUGGAACUGCUGGAGAACCUGGCCCAGCAGACUCCUGUUGCAAGUGCUGCUGUGUCAUCAGUAGAUUCAUUCACAGAGUUCACUCAGAAGAUGUUGGAUAACUUCUAUAACUUUGCUUCCUCGUUUGCUGUUACUCAGGCACAGAUGACCCCAAAUCCUUCUGAAGCUUUCAUUCCUGCCAACGUAGUUCUGAAAUGGUAUGAGAACUUCCAGAGACGUCUGACACAGAACCCUCUCUUCUGGAAAACAUAAGCCCUAGUGGUGUCAUUUGAAGUGCUUGCCCAGCAGCGUGACCUGGAGGAUGCAGCGAGUAACUCCACCGAGGAAUCUUUUAGGGAAACGUAACAAACGAUUAGUCUGAACAGACAAACUCGUAACUUUUGUAUUACUCAUGAAAACUAUUUAAAAUUAAAAUCAGCAAAAAGGACU